GAGAACGAGAAUCACAAGUUCAUGGGUCGGCCGAGGAUUGAGAGAGAUUAUGCUGGAAUGGUGAAUCCUGGUUCGAGGCAAAUUUAUUUGACUUUUUCCUGCUGAUAGUAGGCUUUUAGAGAAGAGGAUGUCUCUAAUUACUUCAGUAUUUAUGGGCCAGUUCAAGAUGUGAGGAUCCCUUAUCAGCAAAAGAGAAUGUUUGGGUUUGUUACCUUUGUGUACCCUGAGACUGUGAAGCUCAUCUUGGCUAAAGGCAAUCCUCACUUUGUUUGUGAUGCUAGAGUUCUUGUUAAGCCUUACAAGGAGAAGGGCAAAGUCCCUGAUAAGUAUAGGAAGCAACUACAGCCAGAAAGAUUCGAUUUUUCUGGGUGCAAUUCUCCUACCGGGUUGGAUUCUAGAGACCCAUUUGAUUUGCAGCAACUGGCAAAUGCAAGGAUGUUGUAUAAUGGUAACAAUCAAGAAAUGCUUUUGAGGAGGAAGUUAGAGGAGCAGCAAGCAGCAGCAGAGCUACAGCAAGCCAUUGAGAUGCAAGGGAGAAGGUUCAUGGGUCUGCAGCUUCUCGACAUUAAAAAUCGAAGCUUGGGUUCACCAACUGCCCCAAUUCUCUCUCCAUUGGCAACCCCAAAUUCAACCACUUUCAGUAAUGGAGUUUUCUCUGAUAAUGGAAGAAGCAGCAGCAAUGGGAGCCAGGAUGAGGCAUUACUCCCAGCUGAAGAUAAGAGCCUGAGCCUUAGCUCAGUUUCUGGCACUGAGAAGCUGCAGACUGUAGUCAACACUGAGGAGCAUGCUUCUGCUAAUGAACCAACCCCCAAUGAAGAUAUCAGUUACCAAGAAAGUGCUGAGCAUAAUUUGCCUGAUAGCCCAUUUGCUUCACCAACCAAAUCCUCAUUUGUGAAUGAUGCUUUCUCUCUGAGCAAUGAGGAGAGCUCUCUCAUUAACAGUGGCAUAGCUUCAACUCUCCUCCCUCCUUCAUCUCCUCUUGAGAACAUGGCCUCCUUCAAAUCUUGCUUCUUCCAAAUCCCCAGGUUCUCAUCUGGGCAUGGAGCAGUUGGCUUGUGAAGACUUGGUGGAAGUUUGCAGAGGAAAAAGGGGAGAGAUUAAGGUUAUAUAUAGCUCUCUCUAUUUUUUUUACUUUAUUUUACCUUUUUCAUAGCUUUUAUAAAAAGAAGAAUGUAAGCAAUAGAGAGGCUCUUUACUGCCUGCCAUCAGCCAAUAUAAAAGAUCAUGGAGGACAAAGAGGAAGUGGGAUGAUGGUGAUGAUGAUGAAAGGGGAAAAGGGGAAAGAAUCAUUUCCAUGAAAAUGCAUGUAUGAGGGAAUGAAUACAGCUUGAAGUCUUUUUUUUAGUAGGGCCGAAGUCAGCAGUAGAGAGAAGGGUACUACUACUAGGGAAAAAAAAAAAAUACAUGUUAACAUUUUCGGAUACGGCGUAUUAAUACAGAAACAGGAGAACAAGGCAAAGGAUUGCAGACUGAUUUCAGGAAAGGAUAGCUCUUUGGAAGUUUGAUAAGGACAGCACACAACAAGUUAGGGAGAGGACAAAGUUCGAGUUGUAACCCCCAUACACAAUGCUGUCUUCUUCUUAAUGUCACUGAUUUGUAUUGUAGUAGCUCUCUCCUUCCUCUUACUCUCUCGUUUGUUGUUAACCUCCCCUCUUUUAUUUUACCCCUUUAUUUUCCUCCUCUUUUUUUUUUCUUCUUCCAUCCUUAUAUCCGAUGUAGAAGUUUAUGACAUCUAUAAAGAGAGAAGAAACAAAGCUCUAGAACAAAAGAACACCUUUAGUUUCA